UGUAGCUGCUGUUGAUACCUCGAUUGAAGGAGAGAAGAGGAAAUAGAAUAGAUGUAAUCUGAUUCUGUUGUGUAAUGGCGGCGAAAACGUCACCGUUGCAGGGAUUGGAGGCAGAUGAAUACGCAGAGUUGGAGCCACUGAUUGAAAAUUACCACAAGUUCGAAGCCUCUCCCAACACCUGCACUUCCCUCAUCACCCAGCGCAUCGACGCUCCCCUCGACGCUGUCUGGCCCUUCGUCCGCAGCUUCGACAACCCCCACAAGUACAAGCACUUCAUCAAAAGCUGCAACAUGACAGGGGACGGUGGAGUCGGCAGUAUAAGAGAAGUGACUGUCGUCUCUGGCCUCCCGGCGUCGACCAGCACGGAGAGACUGGAGAUAUUGGACGACGAGAAUCAUAUUUUGAGCUUCAAGGUGGUCGGAGGGGAGCACCGGCUGAACAAUUACCGAUCAGUGACGUCGGUGAAUGAGUUCAAGAAAGAUGGGAAAGUUUACACCGUCGUUUUGGAGUCCUACGUCGUCGACAUACCGGAGGGGAACACCGGCGAGGACACCAAGAUGUUCGUCGACACUGUAAUCAAAUUGAAUCUUCAGAAACUUGCUGGGGUUGCCACGGCGUCUCUGCACGACAAUGAGUAGAGGUUGCGGCGGCGGCGGUGGCGGAGACUCUGGCGGCGGUUCAUGGGGUGGGAUCUUUUUUCUUGUUUCUUUUUUCUAAUGUGUUGUAUGAUGAUGACGAUUAGUGGUGGGUCGGUAUGUUUUUUGCAAGUUGGAAUUUGAUUUUAGCUUGUUCUGAUUUAUUGGGUUUGCAGAUAUUGGAUUGGUUGAGACUUGGGAUUGGGAAGAGAUAAUCAUUCACUAUAUAUAUAUUUUGGACAAAUAUUGUCUUAAUUGAUUUCUUAUCAAUAAAAGAUUAGAUGGGUUUUUCUGGGAA